GUCCCCCCCGCGCUGGCAAGGGAGAGUGUCCAAAUGAGCAAGAUAUCACAGCCAAACAGUGCCGCAGGAGUGAACGGGGUCAGUGUCAUUCAUACCCAGGCCCAUGCCAGUGGCUUGCAGCAGGUCCCUCAGCUGGUGCCUGCUGGCCCCGGGGGAGGAGGUAAAGCUGUGUCUGCCAGCAAGCAAAGCAAAAAGAGUUCCCCCAUGGAUCGGAAUAGCGACGAAUACCGGCAGCGCCGAGAACGGAACAACAUGGCUGUUAAAAAGAGCCGCUUGAAAAGCAAGCAGAAAGCACAAGAUACCCUGCAGAGGGUGAACCAGCUCAAAGAAGAGAACGAACGCUUGGAAGCCAAAAUUAAACUGCUCACAAAGGAAUUAAGUGUACUGAAAGACUUGUUUCUGGAGCAUGCGCACAACCUUGCAGACAACGUGCAACCCCUUAGCACCGAAACGACCACGACAAAUUCGGAGAGCACAGGACAGUAGACCUCAUUCUUUGCAGACUUGACAACUUGGGGGGUUAAAGGGGCGACCAUGUGCACCCCUCAAAUGGCUGAGUGGUGUCGAGCCUUCUCUAUUCAACCAUCCACUGGAGGUUGUUUUCUAGGAUCACCACUAAAGAGUCGAUUAGCCAGGGAAUUUACAUAUCGAUCUUAAAAUGUGGGGGUCAGAAGAAUGCUAAGGUAUAUGGUUAACAAAAAAAUCCUGGACCUUGAUGUUCUUGAGUCUUGACUUGGUCAGAAAUAGGCUUCUUUUAGGUUGACAGAAAGAAUGGAAAAUUGGCAGAUCGUGCGGGCAGCUCUCGGUUUUAGCAGAAAAGAUCAAUUGGGUUAAGUGAAAUUGCCAUCUAUGUUAAUCUAUUUGUGAUUAAAUUGUCUAUUACAAUCCUGGGACUGUAGAAACCAAACAGUUUGUAAUUGGGCACAAUUUUAUGUAUAGCAUACACCUUGUUUUAAUAUAAUUAAUACUGUCCCAUCCCUUCCCUCCCUCUGCCCCCACUGUAGUAAGUUUCUGAACUGUGAUGUCAGCUUACAUAAAGAAGCCACAUCACACCGUAAAAAUAGAACACUUAGGAAGCGGAGAGACUUAAAAAAUAAAAGACACAUUAGAAUCA